AUUAGCUUUGCGGCUGUGUUUGAUAGUAGCAUGUAGAUGAGAGCCAGAAGAAAGCAGGCAGCUGGAGGUGACUUUCCCGAGUCUCACACACUAAAAGAGGGCUGUCGGUGAGAGUUGGCCUCGACAACAUGGAUUACUGGAGUGCCUUGGAGGUGUAUAAGGAGAUGAUCCUGCUGUACCUGGAGGAGGGCCGGCGGCAGGUCAACUCACGCUGCACAGACCUGGAGCCGUGGCAGAUCAUCGGAGUGACCUUCAUCACCACAGUGGGAGCAGUCUGGCUCAAAGGAUUUCUCUUCCAGCAAGAAAGUCUCGUGUCCAGAAUCAAGAAGCAGUGCUUUCGACUCAUCAGAAAAAUACCCUUUGUUGGCGGAGCAAUUCAGAGCCAGCUGAACAAGGCUUUGGACGACAUGUCUACCAGUCUUUGUACUCUGAAGGAGGGGAUGAGCUACACUAAGCAGCUUCCUUCAAAAGGUCUCUCACAGAGCCAAGUGCUGGACAAAAUCAGAGAGUACGAGACUCUGAAUGAGGUGAAGUGGGAGAAAGGAUGUGUUUCGGGUGCAGUGUACUGGGGCGAUGAAACGCUGACCAAACUCCUGGUGAAGGUAUACGGAGACUUUGCAUGGAGUAACCCACUUCACCCAGACAUCUUUCCUGGUGUAAGAAAGAUGGAGGCAGAGGUUGUCAGAAUGUCUUGUGCACUUUUCCAUGGUGGACCCAACUCUUGUGGCACAGUUACUUCAGGAGGAACUGAGAGUAUACUGAUGGCCUGCAAGGCUUACAGAGACAUGGCAUAUGAACGUGGUGUCAAAUAUCCUGAAAUUGUUGCACCAGUGAGCGUCCACGCAGCCUUUGACAAAGCAGCACACUACUUUGGGAUGAAGCUUGUUCACGUCCCUCUGGACAAGAAAACAAUGAAAGUAGAUGUGAAGGCCAUGAAAAGAGCAAUCAACAAGAACACAGCCAUGCUUGUGUGCUCGACACCGCAGUUUCCCCAUGGAAUCAUAGAUCCUGUUGAGGAAGUCGCUAAGCUGGCUGUGCGCUACAACCUCCCGCUGCAUGUGGAUGCCUGUCUGGGAGGUUUUCUCAUUGUGUUCAUGGCCAAGGCCGGGUACACACUCGCCCCGUUCGACUUCAGGGUAAAAGGUGUUACCAGCAUCUCUGCAGACACGCACAAGUAUGGCUACGCCCCCAAAGGUUCCUCAGUGGUCCUCUACAGUGAUAAAAAGUACCGUCACUAUCAGUACUUUGUGGCUCCAGACUGGCAGGGUGGAAUCUAUGCCUCGCCCUCUGUAGCGGGCUCCAGGCCCGGAGGAAUCAUCGCCGCCUGCUGGGCGACCAUGAUGCACAUGGGAGAGAACGGAUACAUUGAUGCUACCAAGAAGAUCAUCAAUGCAGCACGCAAAAUUAAAACCGAAAUUCGCAAGAUGAAAGGUGUGUUUGUGUUCGGGGACCCGGAGGUGUCAGUGGUGGCAAUAGGCUCAGAUGUGUUUGAUAUUUUCCGUCUGUCUAAUGCACUCACGACAAAGGGAUGGAAUCUGAAUACACUGCAGUACCCAUCCAGCAUCCACAUUUGUUGCACAGUUCUGCACACCCAGCCAGGCGUUGCUGAUCGAUUUAUUGGUGAUGUCAAAGAGCAGGUUGCCAUCAUCUUGAAGAACCCCAAAGAGAAAACCACAGGAAUGGGGGCAAUCUACGGCAUGGCCCAGUCCAUCCCCGACAGAUCCAUGGUUACAGAGAUUUCCCGAGGCUUCCUAGACUGCCUCUACAGCACUGAGGUGCCCAAGUCAGCAAACAGCCACAUGAACGGCAAUGGCAAAGCCCACUGAAACAGGAUCGGGCCAUCCUGGCCCGUCCUCGCUGCACGCAGGGAAGCAUGCUCGCCUCCCCCCCCGUGCUCCGAGUUAAUCGCUCAAUAGUUGCCUUAUCUUGCAUACCCACAGCAUACAGAAAACAUCUGCAAAGAUUUUUAAAGCACAAGCCAUCAUCAUUUUAAUCAGCCCAGAGGGAUAUCACUUCUAACACUGUGCAUAAAUGGCACAGGGAAGCAAUGACUGGUUUCAAUGAGUUUUAAUCUUUAAUUUGAUUUUAUUAAUAUAGUGAAAGUGUGUGCGUGUGUGUGCGUGUGUUAUUUUAUUUGUUUUAAGAGUUCAUUUCAAGUUUAACCUCUGUUCAAUGCAUAUUUCUGUCAUAAUCUGUACUGAUCGCAUAGCAAAACCAUUCAGUUUUUUUUUUAAUGCCGGAACAUUUCAGCCCGCUGCCAUCACCGUUCCACUAGCUGUGAUGACUCAGCAAAAACUCAGACCACUGAAAGCUUGUUAGAAUCGCUGUGCUGCCCUCUAGCAUGAAACCUGAUGCACUGCUGGCUGCACACGUUUGGAGACUUGUUGAAGGUGUAUGGUUAUCACUAUCAUGAAACAGUUCUCUUUUACACAGCAUUUUUAAUGUUAAAGCACUGCUAUGCCCUGGCAAGAACAUAUCAGGUUAAUCUGUAAAUCACUUGAAACUACAAAUCUGGUGUUAUGGUAAAAAAUUAGUCUGCAUGAACACACAGUAUGUCCUAGUUUGUUAGCACUUAGUAUGAUUUUAGUACAUUUAAGUUUGCAUUCGUGGUCCAUCUACAAUGGUUGGGAGAAUGAUUGGGAUUAUGGGAGCGUUUGAUUGAAUUAAUAUUCAACAAAAUAGUUUUUAAAAUUGAACUUUCCAAAAGGGAGAAGCUGUAACCAGGAAUGUGUUGGAAGCAGCUAUUGGAAUCCAAAGCUUAUCAGCCACAUUGAUUAUUUUAUCACUUGUUUUGUCAGAAGUAAAAACAAAAGUGGCUGUCUGGUUAAAAACAUUUUAAGUCCACUGUAUGUUAUCAAGUAGCAGAAAUUCUUCAUUUCCUGUGUAGUCUGCAUGGAGUCACCUGUGUACCACUUUGUUUAAUAAUUGUUUCCUAAUUCAAUCUACCUCAGUUUCUACUCAAUGCAAUUGUCAUGUAUUCAUCAACUGAGACGCAUCCUAACAACAGGGCCACUGUUCAGUUCCAUUUCUAACAAUAUUUCAAACUUCACGAUGUUCGGGCAUUUGACAAACCAUAUUCAAGUGUUCUUAGAUAUACCGAUACUGAAGAGAAAGAUAUCCACUGUGAUUGAGGUUUUUGAUCCACAGACUGACACAUUUUCUUGGGGGGAAAAUUCUAUUCUUUGCCCUGUCUGUAAACUGGAUGUGUUUUGGUGAAUAUGUAUCUAUUCACCAGGAUAUGUACUUAUUUACAACCAGGUUGUUAAAGAUGCUUACUGUAACACCAAAAGGACCUUUUUGUUGUCUGUUUUUCUUUCAUGUGCUUACCCAAUACUGCUUGUUGAAAUUGUAUAUUUCCAUGAAAUUACUUCUGUUUGUGCAAUACGUAACUAUUCCUUUUAAUGAAGUGAAACGAAGGGGAGUGCUCUAUUAAUGUUUUAUGGAAGAUAAUAGUAAUGAAUGACAGAUGAUCAGCCUUGUUAGUGUAGUUGUACCAUUUGUGUGACCACUGGGUGUUUAUUAAUCACUUCAUUUGUGAGUCUUUUUUUUUGUGUGUGUUUAUGUUUUUACGCACUGUUUUACAUACAAUUUUAAAGAGAUUAGACAUGAAUGUAUUUAGGCUCUAACAUGUCUGGUUGUCAGUACGACAGAGACCUGUCAGUCUUCAGGAUAUAAUGUGGAUUUUUCCAGCUUUCAGUCAGUGCCUGGUUAAAGGACCUUACAACAGCCAGAGAACGAUUGGCGCUAAAACCAUCAUCAUGUGUCGAUCCAUUCAUCAAUACUGUGCCCAGUAGGGUGUGGAAACCUGCACCCCUGCAAAAAAACAAAGACUUUUCCAGCUAUAUGUCCCUUCCUCUUUGCUUUGGAGAAACAUCCUCAAGAAAUUUUCAAUAAAAACCUUUAAUGCAA